UCAUGAAGCAGAGCUCCUUUGCAAGUUGGCUGUCGUUAGGCUCCGCGAUGUAGUCGAGUGGUUAUCGCGAGAGAUAGAGAGAACAUGAUUUUUUCACAAUCAACACUGCUGUAGAUUUCAUUGUUGCACGCAGAAGCUGAUAUUUUUUUCGUACCAUAUAUAUAUAUAUAUUGUUGUGUGGCUGAAUUGUUAGUUUGAGUUCGUGGAUUUGUUGUUCGGAGGAGAACAAAUGGCGGCUUUGUUGGUGGCCUCGAGUACGGGAGUGGGGUUGGCAGCUACUGUGGGACGAAAGGACGCGGGUUCUUGCACCUCGUCGACCGCGAGACCGCAGCUGGUGCUUGUGUCGAACCGGAAGAGCGCAUCUAAUGUGGCAGGCACUUCGGUGGUUCCCGUGCCGGUUCAUGUAUGGUCUAGGGGAUCUAGCUUUCCGUUGCCGCGGAGUACGAUGACGGAAAACCCUACUCCUCAAAAGCAAGAAACAUACACCGUGGGAGAUUACAUGACUCCUGUUUCAGAAUUGUAUUGUGCAACAGUGAACACUACUAUUGAUGAAGCAUUGGAAGUGCUUGUUGAAAAGCGAAUCACUGGCAUGCCCGUGAUUGAUGAUUUUGGAGCGUUGGUGGGGGUUGUCUCCGAUUACGACUUGUUGGCGCUGGACUCAAUAUCAGGACAAAGACAACCUGAAACUAGCUUAUUUCCAGAAGCUGGCAGGACAUGGAAGGCUUUUAAGGAGAUCCAGAAGCUGUUGAUUAAAACUAAUGGAAAGACCGUAGGAGAUGUGAUGACCCCAUCACCGCUUGUUGUUAGCGAGCAGACCAACCUUGAAGAUGCAGCAAGGGUUUUGCUUGAUACCAAGUUUAGGCGCUUGCCAGUUGUUGGUGAUGAUGGAAAAUUGGUCGGACUUCUAACCAGAGGUAAUGUUGUAAGAGCUGCACUUGUUAUGAAAAGAGCUGCUGAGGAAGAGCUUGGAGGGAAAGGAGCCGUGGAGGACAUGUUCGGUGGUGACACGUGAAGCAGUAGUUUAAACAGAGUAGUUCGUUUCAAACGAGCUUUAAUUAAGAUGCAGCAACCCAGUGAUAUUUUUUGGGGGAUUGAUAGAUACACAGAUUUUUACGCACUUUCAGCUCUUGCAUGUAUACCAUGAACUGUUUUCUUCAACAGCCAGUUCCGUCAUCACGAUAGGUGAUGCUGCACACGAGUGACGUACCUGCUUUUAGCACCACAUUUGCAGGGGACUUGGAAAAAACGCUAGGAAAGUAUGGUAAGCAACAUUUGAGAACUAUUUUGAAGUACUUUGCUCCAUUCGUUAUGUGGUGAGCGGUAAGCGGCACACAGAUUUGUGUUUUUCUGAUCUGGAAGGCUUCUGAACUGCACAAGCAAGGACUUCGACUGUAAAAACAUGUACCACUGAGGACACAGAACAACGCGUAGCCAAAUGCAUUCAAUAGAAA